AUGACGAUGGCUACAUCGUUUCCGCUGAGGUCGUUCCUCGUUCUGUCGCUGGUCGCCUUGUCCCGGGCUGCGAUCGACUUCGCGUCCAUGGCCGAGUCCAAUUUCCCGUCGGUCCAGGCGGAGAAGUUCAUUAGGGAUCUCAAUCUGUUCCCUAAAAAGGAAGUUAAUGUCGUCGAGGGUGGCGCGGCGCCGAUUCGCGGCGACGCACCCACUGGGAAGAAGAUUGUGGAGAAGAGGAUCAGCUUCCCGAAUCUGGUUGGGGAAGGCGAGGUCGGAUUUGCCGUCGAGGAUUUGGGGCACCACGCUGGUUACUACAAUAUUGAGCAUUCCUAUGCCGCUAAGAUGUUUUACUUCUUCUUCGAGUCCCGCAACAGUAAGAAGGACCCUGUUGUCAUCUGGUUGACUGGGGGACCGGGCUGCAGCAGCGAGCUGGCUAUAUUUUAUGAAAAUGGCCCUUUCAGCAUUGCAAAUAACAUGUCUCUUGUGUGGAACAACUUUGGCUGGGACCAGGCAUCAAAUCUUAUAUAUGUUGAUCAGCCGACUGGGACUGGAUUCAGCUAUAGCACCGAUCGACGUGACAUUCGCCAUGAUGAAGCCGGAGUUAGUGAUGACCUAUACGACUUCUUGCAGGCCUUUUUCACAGAGCAUCCUGAACUUGCAGAGAAUGACUUCUACAUUACUGGUGAAUCAUAUGCUGGACACUACAUUCCUGCUUUCGCUUCUCGAGUUCACAAAGGGAACAAGAAUAAUGAAGGGAUCCACAUAAACUUCAAGGGUUUUGCAAUCGGCAAUGGCCUGACAGAUCCUGCAUUGCAGUAUAAGGCUUACCCUGAUUUUGCGCUGAAGAACGGGAUUAUAACGGAAUCACAAUUCAAUAAAAUUACAAAGAUUGUCCCAGUGUGUGAACUGGCAAUUAAGCUGUGCGGAACUGAUGGUACGGUGUCUUGUUUGGCCUCCUAUUUUGUUUGCAAUACCAUAUUUAAUUCAAUCAUGUCGGUGGCUGGUAAUAUAAAUUAUUAUGACAUCAGGAAGGAAUGUGUAGGGAGCCUUUGCUAUGACUUCUCCAACAUGGAAAAAUUUCUUAACCUGAAUACUGUUAGGGAGUCACUUGGUGUUGGGGAUAUAGACUUCGUGUCGUGCAGUCCGACUGUGUACCAGGCCAUGUUGGUUGACUGGAUGAGGAACCUUGAAGUCGGGAUUCCCGCUCUUCUUGAGGAUGGAAUUCACAUGCUUAUCUAUGCUGGAGAAUAUGAUCUCAUCUGCAAUUGGCUAGGUAAUUCAAGAUGGGUUCAUGCUAUGGAGUGGUCUGGCCAGAAAGAGUUCGUAUCAUCUCCAGAAAUCUCCUUUGAAGUGGACGGUGCAGAGGCUGGAGUGCUGAAAACUCACGGACCCCUGUCCUUCCUUAAGGUCCACAAUGCUGGGCACAUGGUUCCAAUGGACCAGCCAAAGGCUGCAUUAGAGAUGCUGAAGAGGUGGACUCAAGGCAAACUAUCUGAUGCCACUGCCGAUGAAUCCAACUCGAGCAAGUUGGUAGCUGAGUUCUGA